ACAACGAGCGGAGCGCCGGGUGGCUAAAGCACAUCAGCAUGGCGUGCGCGGUGGCCACUCCGGUGCCGGAGCCGAGCGGGGACUUCCCGGCGUGGCUGGAGGCGCAGGGCGUGAACCAGGAGGUGGCCCGGGCCAUGGACUCGGAGCUGGGUAUCCGGGACUACGGGGUCCUGCGCGCCUGCGUCGGGGACGGCCUCGUGCGGGCCGAGCUGCUGGCCGCGGCGCGCGACCGCCUGCCCUUCGGCUUCUACGCCGUGCUGCGGCAGGUGGUGAAGGCCCUGCGGGACGCCGAGCCCCACGACGACGACGAUGCCGCGGCCGCCUCCUCCCCCUGUGGCGACGUGACGCUGGGAGGCCUGGUGGACGUGCUGCUCGCGCUGUUCAGCGGCUUGAGCCGGGAGCUGCUGCUGUCCGUGAGGAGGCUGGGAGUCAUUGACGGCCAAGGGAUCGGCGAUGGUGGUUCGAGUCCACUCGGUGCAGAGAUCGAACAUGAGGACCUGAUGGCUGAUCAAGAAAAGCUCGCCACAGGGGAUGAUCGUGCUGUCAAAUGUACCGACGAGUACCAGAACCCGGAUAAAGAAGCGACAUUGGAUUCAAGGGAGCCUCGCGACGAGGGAGGAGACGACUCUCACGGGCAGCCCAACCUCGGUGCCAUUCACACGUGGCACGGGGUGAAGAUGGAGAUCUGCGACGUCGCAGAAAUCCCGUGGACGGCGCCAGGAGACAACAAUUUGAGCAACCACGGGGCAGCCUGGGAGGAGAUCAUCGUGGGAGAGGCGGCGCCCGUCAACCCGGCAGAACGUGCAGGCAGUUGCGUCGGGAAGGGCCACUCGGAAUUCAUCAUCCAGGACGUGACCUCGCUGCUUGCGACCGGCAAAGCCCGCCCGCGUGCCAAACGGCGGGAUGGCGAUGAUGAGGGCACCGAGGAGAAUGUCGAUGGCCACCAACCCCCUUGGCAGCGGCAGCGGCAGCGGCAGCAGCAGCAGAAGAAAAGAACGACCGAGGGGAUGCCGGACGAAAACACCAUUUCCGAGUACGCCACCCAACCGCUCGCCGAGUCCCAAUACAAGCAGGGUCCCCCCGCCGCCACGGCGAGCGGGCUGCACCUGGGGUUACUCCAGCGCGGCGGCUGUUUCGGGCUACCGGUGGACCGCGGCACCGAUCAGGAGCUGGUGCUCGCGCAGCAGCUGCAGCAGGCGGGCGGCGGCAAGAGCGGCGUCGCGGCGCUGUCGUGCGACAUCUGCGGUCAGGCGUUCGCGCAGCGCCGCAUCCUGGACGUCCACCGCCUGACGCACACGGGCGAGAAGCCGCACCGAUGCGCCGUGUGCGGGCGCGCCUUCUCCCAGAACUGCAGCCUCAAGCGGCACCAGCGGACGCACACGGGCGAGCGGCCGCACCGAUGCGCCUUGUGCGGUCGAGCGUUCGCGCUCCCCGGCGACCUCAAGAACCACCAGCGCAUACACACGGGCGAGAAACCGUACCGCUGCGCGGUGUGCGACCGCUCCUUCUCGUGGUACUCCAGCCUCAAGAUCCACCAGAACACGCACACGCGCGACCGGCCCUCGUGCUGCAAGGUGUGCGGCCUGGUGUUCGAGGAGCACGCAGACUUCAGGCACCACCAGCAGGCUCACGCGCGGAAGGCGGCGGAGGCGGCGGAGGCGGCGGAGGCGGCGGAGGCGGCGGCGGCGACCCUCCUAUGACCUCCCAAGGACCGUGGCCAGGGUUCCUCGCGUUGAAGUCGCCGUGAGAACUCGGGGAGCGGUCUGCUUACAAGUUUGCGCCCAAUGGCACGUUGGGAUUGUCGUCAUAGUCCUUGACGAUCGACUCUGCGGUGAUGUCACGGUCGCCGUUUUUUUUUUUUUAAUUGGGGAAACCGCAAAAUACAAAAAUGCUCAGGGGAUGCCGUGUAACGGUUAGCGAGAUAUCCAGAGGACAUCGGUUACAAUUGGAUCUCCCGGCGCGGCGGUUGAAAUGGGUAGACACGGUGAUGGCUUGGGCAGGCCUCCAACCAGCAGUGGAUUAAUCAUGGCUGAUAACCGCUUUACAUAUCUUACAUUAAAAGUUCUAACAUGCAUGGCCUGCCAAGAUUUGAGAAUAUAUUUUCAUCGAUGCAUCGUCACACACUGCAAUGUUGCGGGGUGGGUCGCAUUCACCGCUCAAACCUCGGAACGCGCAAAAGCGGUUCAGCGUUCAUUUUACUUGGAGGCAGAGCUGCUAUGAUAGCUGGCGCCAAACUGUGCCACACGCCGUCCCAUGGCACGGCCUGUUACUGUAGAUUCCAUGCGGAAUCGAUUUCGUUCCGACGACGUAAACGGAACAUGAUCGGAAGAACUGGUGACGUACGUGCACGUCAUGGGAACGGGACAAGAUUAAGAAUCGAUUUGAAUUGAUGCAUAGUCACCUGUGUCGGGUGGGAAAUAAAAAACAAUGUUUAACUCGAGUUGUCUCGAGGCAUGUUGCGGACAAGGACGACAAAACGGCACCGAAUAAAAAAGAUUUUAGCGCUGCAUCCAACGAUUUAUUUCAGGCCCCCAUUACAAAGUCGUACAAUACAGGAAUCCCUCGCCCAACCGCCUUUUCACGUACGCACGGUGUAUUGUUUCGUAAAACCAAUCGCGGCACGGAAAUCUGCGUGAGCAGUGUUAAGGAAGUCACAUGACGCAGAUAUUAAGUCAUUGGUACAAAUUUCACCAGGUUGGUGGUGGUGGUUUUUCCGCGCCAACAGCGCCACCCCUGGGCUGCGUAGCCGAUCGCCUGCCUGCCCGCCCGUCUUGUUGUACUGUAAUUGUCACACCUCAACCACAGUCGCAUUAACUUUGCCUUUAAUCGUGGCAGCCCGAAGCGUGCAGCGAGCGGUGAAGGCGAGACCAUUGCGUCUGUGGCCCCGCAGGAAGAGGGGGCAUGGUGAGUCGAGCCCCUCCUAAGCACCCCUUCCCCCCCCAUCAUCAUCUCAUUGUCCUCGUUAACAUUAAAGGUAUGUAAAGUUGAUGUGAUGUUUAUAUUUUAUUAUUACGUUAUUGUGUAAUGUACUGGGUUUUUUUUUUAUUCGGGGUUUAGUUAAUUCUAAAUUUAAAGGCUUUCGUGACUGCAAGGAUCCAUACUCUUUGGUUCUGUUCGGUAAAGUCGCGUAAAAAAACAACAAUCAAAAGUGGCCUUCAUCACCUGAUGAAGGCCACUUGUGUUGUGGCCGAAACGUCGUGAAUUUUUAUUUUUUGUUGACGAGUCUGACCGUCGCCGUGGUUCCCCUAACCCGCUAUUGCCCAUAGAAGGCCGCCCCCUGGACUUUUAUCAACCGCGGAUUUGCCUACCGCGGCAUUUUCCAGGAACCUAACCCUGGCGGUUGGCGAGGGAUUGCUUGUAUGCGACGUUAAAACUCGACUGUCUUAACCAUUCGUCCCUUUUCUCUCCAACUUCCCUCCGGCAAUCCAAUAAAUGACUUAAUCGCAAAAUUAGGGGUCGCGGUUUCUAUACAUAAAAAUGUAUUCUCUUUUAACCUUCCGAGGUGAAAGUAGUUGGACACCUGUGGCUACAGGAGUUACGUAACCGCAGUACAUUUCAAUAAAAAUAUAUAGAAACGAACAGCCCUUUUGUUAAUCCUUUGCUGGAUGAAUGCUUCCAUAUCCCGUGUAAGGUCAUUGGGGCUUUUGUUUAGCCAUACAUCUCCGUGCAGGUUGGUAAAGGUUAGGUGGAUGGGGGGAGGGCCAAGACCGGUUGAGCUAUCACCGUUGAUGUUAGCUGUGGCUGGGGAAUCGAACUAGGGUCACCGGGGUUCAUCGCGCAGUGCGCAAACCUCUGCACCACCGCUCUAUCCCACAGGACACCCCGACUAAGACAUGUACUAUUACUGAUAAGAUCGCCACAAAGUCGGAUACACGUGUGUGUGUGUGUGAGUUAUCGGUUGCUGCAAGC